AUACUCGAGUAGGUUGCGGUCACAUUAACAGGAAGUUCAUUCUGCUGUGUCCAGCUAUCCUCUUCAGUUGCCAAAGCUACCGAGAUAUAUACGUCUUGAACUGUUAGAGUUAAUAAUCCUGAGCUGUGUCUGGUGUCAUUAAAAUUCACAACAAAGAAACUGUGUCCGAGAAUGCAGUCCAAAAUUCUCACUGGGAACUUUACCUUUAAGUCAUUAAGGCCACCGGACUUGUCUAAUUGUACAAAAAGAGAACUGUGUGAAUAUUUUGAGAACAGUUAUGACCUGAACGAGAGCUUGUUCACUGCACUAAAAGAUGACUCUGUGUUUUACAAAUGCCCAGACAGAUUGCGUCUGCCACUGAUUUUCUACUUCUGCCACACUGCCGUGGUGUACGUCAACAAACUUAUGUUAGCAGGCCUCAUCAAUGAACGAGUGAACUUGGAGUUUGAGACAAUGUUUGAGACUGGUGUUGAUGAAAUGUCCUGGGAUGACACCGAAAAUUACCGUAUGGGUGGCGGCUACAAAUGGCCAUCUGUUGACUCAGUGGUGGAGUACCGGAGAAAUGUACGAAAUGUGGUCCUGAAGGUGAUACACGACACACCGCUAGAACUUCCUGUUACUAUGGAGUCACCAUGGUGGGCAAUCCUGAUGGGAAUUGAGCAUGAGAGGAUCCAUUUAGAGACCUCCUCGGUAUUGAUUCGUCAGCUACCUGUUGAAUUGGUCACCAAACCAAAGGGUUGGGUGUAUGCCCCAUUUAAAUGUGGUGGAAGAGUUGAGGAGAAUCCCCUGAUAUCUGUUGAGGCACAAGAUGUCACUUUUGGAAAGCCCAGAGAGUUCCCAUCCUAUGGAUGGGACAAUGAAUAUGGAGAAUUUUCCACCAGAGUUCCUGCAUUCGAGGCCUCCAAAUUUAUGGUAACCAAUGGAGAAUUCCUGGAGUUUGUUGAGAGUGGGGGGUAUGAGGAUGAGAAGUUCUGGACUGAGGAGGGAUGGAAGUGGAAGCAGUACAGACAAUCCAAACACCCCGUCUUCUGGGUGUGCAAUCACGGAUGUAAAGGAGGUUGUGGGGCUGAUUUGGCUCAGUACUCCCACUGUCACCUCCCCAAUACUGUCAGUAAUGGGGUUAUGAAUGGAUCACUGACAAAUGGUCAUUCCAGGGAGAUCAUCAAUGGAGGAGAAAAGAGAAAUUACAUGUACAGAGCCAUGUUUGAUGUGAUGCCUAUGCCCCUUGAUUGGCCAGUGGAUGUGAACUACCAUCAAGCUAGGGCUUUCUGUGCAUGGAAGGGUUUUGGAUUCCGACUUCCAACAGAGGCUGAGCGAAAUGUGAUGAAAGGAAACAAGUUGAUGAAGAAUGGAGGAACAGAGGGUGACAUCAUUUACCAGAAGAAACCAAAGGCCAAUAUUAACUUACAAUAUGGCUCAUCAACACCUGUCAACAUGUACCCAGGCAAUGAGCUUGGUUUCCAUGAUAUGUUUGGCAAUGUGUGGGAAUGGGCAGAAGACCACUUUAAUGGUCUGAAUGGUUAUAACAGCCACUGGUUUUAUGAUGAUUUCUCCUCUCCUUGCUUUGAUGGCAGGCACAACCUUAUCCUGGGUGGAUCCUGGAUAGCCACUGGUGAUGAAGCGUCAAAGUUUGCCAGAUUUGCCUUCAGACGACACUUUAUUCAGCAUGCUGGAUUCCGCAUGGCAAGAUCUCUACAACAAGCAGACAAAGUAGACGUUCCAGCAAGACUUAUCAAGGAUGAGGUCUUUGUUCUGGGUGUUGGAGUAGAAGAGAAGGAAGUACCUAAUGAGGAUGAGAUGGAAUUUAAAUGGGUGCCCACGACCAAUUACCAGUACGGUUUUGAUACUGAGGACUCUCUGUAUGGAAUUCUGGAGAUGGAGUUUGGAUUCCGUGAUUCUUUUCCACAUUGUGUAGCUCACCAUUGCCUCUCCCUACAGAAGGCAUAUAAAUGUGACACCAACUCAGCUGUAUGGCUGGGGAGUGGCACAGGGAGGGGGCCACUAGAACUUACCAAUGUCUUUCAGAAUGUAUUGGGUAUAGACUUUGCAGCCAGGUUUAUUGAUGCUGCAGAAAAGCUUCAGAAUGGUAAAACUCUUACCUAUAAUACAAGCAAUGGACAGCAAAAGAUGGCUACCAUGACUGGAGUUUAUAAGCCUGAUCAAGCAGUAUUCAAACAGAUGACAUGGAUACCCAAUGAAAUUUGCGAUCAUAAUAUGACCAUUGUCACAUUCCUGGACAGAACUAUGAAUGCUAAAGCAUGGCUGGCCAGAUUAUGGGAAAUCACUGUGAAGUCUGGGAUUGUUGUCAUCGUCUCCAAGCAAGCUGAAUGGAGUCAAGAAAAUCUGGCCCCAUUUCUUGGAAAUAAACUGGUAUUCAAAGAAACCAAGGAUCUGAAAUACACAGCCAAAGAAGGGGAGCUAAAUGCUCAAGUCACCGUCUGGCAGCGCCAGUAAUCUACCCUUACAAGCAGGGAAUUUUGUUUUCAAAAUGACACUUUUUAUACACUUAUCAUGUUUAUUGUUCAUGUUAUUUUUGAUUGUUGUUCUGCAAUUUUCAGAGACUUUUACAUCUUCAUAUUUUAACGUUACUUAAGAAUCAAUCAUGUUUUUGCCAUUAUUUGUUUUUUGAAGAACAUGUUAUCACGUGCCUGUAUUUUGUAAUACUUAACUGACAUUUGUUGGUAGAAGUUGGAUGACUUUACAUGUUGUAUAUACUUAUUAUUCCUGUUCAUGACUAUUUUUUAUGGAUCUUUUUAUUAGCAGACACCAGUGCAUUAUACUGUAUUAUAUUUGCUCAGUUCAGUAGCCGUUUCAUUAAUUGUGAAGACUACAGAUAUUUUAUGGUUGAAGCAAAUUUAGUGUAAUAAACUUUAAACUGUUCUUGGUUAUUUC